AAAGACUAGGCAAACACAGAGAAAUGCUUUACUGAGGGUUAAUCAUAUUCACAGAAAUAAAGCAAUCCUCUUCCCUACCAGCUGACAGGAACUUGCAGAUUUUUUUCCCCCCUCCAAUUCUAUGUAAACUCGCCUCCCUUUCUUUUCAUCUCAAUUUUGUAGUCUUGCCCAAAAUUCCAACUUUCCAUGUCACUACUGCCCUCAUUACUCUAAGAUUCAUAGAAUCACUAAGGUUGGAAAGGACCUCUAAGAUCAUCAAGUCCAACUGUCAAGGACUUGUAGGACUGUGGCAUACUGAAGCCACGGGAUAGUUUCCCAAGGGCAAAGUAGUUUGUUCCCAUGCCUUUUCAUCCAACUUUGGACUCACAGAAGUAUCCUGCAAGGUUUUCACUGAGUAAUAAAAGAAAGGUUUGGUUCCAACUUCGGGGAGAAUGUGAUGUUUUUUUAACAGAAGUUAGGCUUUAGUGCUAGCAAGAGGACAAAUGAUGUAGGAAGCUUUUGCCCUGAAUUGCUGCACAGCUUUCUAUCUUCCUACUCCCUUCUGAAUUUUGUGAGGUUUAACAAAGAAAAGCCAUGCAAGGUUGCCAUUUCCAAAUCCUUGAGUAUUCCAGACUAUGAAGUGCAGGGAACAUACACGUUCUCUUCACUAAAGACAGCAGCAGGUAUUAUACAUAGGAUGAUUAAAACAUUUAUUUAGUGAGAUACAAGUUAAAAAGAGGGAAAUACAGAUGGUGACUAGGCAGCUGUCUAUCAGGAAAGACUUGGUAUAAAAUAGGUGUCAUUUAUUAGUUGAGAUACUGCUCAGUCCCCCAGACAUGCAGAGCUUUCACUGCACCCAGAAAGAGAAGGGGGGGGGGGGGGAAAGGCCUGUGUCAAGAUAAAGGAAUAAUAGCUUUAUAAGUUUUUAUAUACUUAGGAUUUUAUCACAUUGGGCUAGUGCUGCCAUCAAAAAAAGCGUCACUACAAGUAGUACUAUUUAGUGUUAUUUAACCAAAAAAACAAAGUUACUUUGUUUUCAGAAUCGGUAAGAAAAUGCUUCAAUAGUAACAUUCAAAAUGUGUUUGUUGCAACUAAAGCAGUUAUAAAGCCUCUUCUCUCCAAUGAAAGCUCAGUUUCAAAAAAGGUUUGACCUCCCCAGAAAUAUCAAAAAGCUAGGGAAAGUAUAUGAAAGGGAAAAAGACAAGAACACAGCUGGCCAUGAUAUUCUGCACAGAAAUAUUACAAACUUCUUUUUGUUAACAUUACAGUCAGAAAAAACACCAGCUCCUAAAAAUAUUAAAAACCACAGCAACAAACCAACCAUUUUUCAUGACACACAAACUCACUACUCAGGAGCUGCUUUUAGCUCAUUUUUACUUUCCUUUAGCUCAGGGACAACGAAGGGCUAAAGAGGAAUUUCUGCUGCAGUUGGUUGAACAUCCCAACCCGUGACAGAACAGGUGUCAGCACCACACAAUCAGCUGGUGCCAAACAGCACCUCACACACGUUUUACCUUACUCGUUUAAUACAUCAUUCUACUUAUUAGAAAGCAACACCACCUAUCCUUUACCUGCCAACAGCAGUGGUGGUGGUGUGAAUUACGCUCUGUUGCCUCCUCUCUGCUCGGGGUGUGUUUCCCUCUAUAGAAAAGUCAGGAAACCCUCCUAGAGAGGGGCUUCUUGCUGCUCCCUCCCUCUUUAUGGAAAUGCCUCCUGAGAAACUCCACCUUUUAGGGAGGAGCUGGCAAGAACCCGACAGGUCAGCUAAGCCAAAGAGAGGUUUGCAAGCCACUUCGAAAACAGAGUCUGAACGUUUGUGUUUCCCAAUGACUCAGAAUGAUUUGGAUUAGUUUUUAAAUGAAAGCCUGAGGAAGAGCCCUCUCCAGUCAAUAGGAAUACUUGUCACACUGUAGCUUUCUUUGUCAUGUGGCUAACAACUAAGGGCAUAUAUUACUAAGUAUUUGUCCAAAAUUCUGCAUUGUUUAUAAACUUGGAGGUUUGUUUGGGAAAAUAAGUUAAAAUAAUAAAUUGUUGAUUACAUCAUAUAUUUUCUCCAUUCCAAUGUAGGGAAAAUUGUAAUGAGAGUUUUGGAGGCUGUGCUUUAUGACACAGUUAUGAAACCAAGAGUGGAAAAUGAGUAAUUGCACCCAUAGUCCCACUCUGUGGAAGCGAAACAUUUUUCUGAGGAGUAUCAUUUGCAGCAAUUCACGCACAAAAGUUUGCCUCUUAAGCCUGCUCUGCAUUUAAGUAUACAAAUCGAGGUGUUGUCUUGGCUCUUUCAUGGAGUGCUGUACGCAUCCCCACUGGAUCCAGCUGCAGCGAGUUACUGACCCUCCUCAGCAGCCCGUACAGAUUCUGGCAGAUGCCAGGCCCAGCCCUCAGCCGGGGCAGCUGGCAGCGCAGGGCGGUACAGAGGCGCCUGCAGCUACUCCCACUCCCUUCCCAUUAGCCUGGCAGGGCCAACGCUGCCGGUAGCAGUUCAAGCUGCCACAGCCGGCCCAUGCCAAGCAAGGCUCUACAGCAACACUGCGACCGCAGACCCCGCUACGCCCGUGUAGGCACUGUUACACCCUCACAUGGCGGUGCCUGUGCACACCCCACCGGAGCAGGGACCGGACCAGCCCAUCAGCCAAUUUCUGCCUUGGUUGUUACCACCAGGGCCGGUGUCCCUCUCCCAAGGAGGUCCAUGCUGUCACCCCAGACGUUAUAACACGUCAGGGAAGGAUGUGAGCCACAGAGCAGCUGCGACAGCUCCCGGCAGAGGUGGCCCGACCGCUGAGGGAGGCAGCAUGGCAGAGCAGCACAGGCUCUGCCCCGACACCUGCCCCGCGGCCCUGAGCGCAGACAGGGAAGAGACGAGACCUGGCGCUCAACCCUGCUCGGCGCAGCGGCCCCGCUGCCUGCGGUGACCCCAUCCCCGCGGGCUGGCCUGAGGCGGCAGAGCAGCCAUCUUGCAGCGCGGCUCGCCCCGCGCCUCAGUCGUCGCCGCGCCUCGGCGGCCCUGGCGGGAUCGCGGCCAACCUCUGUGGUACUGAGGCGCCGCCACCCCAGGCCUUCUCUAUGGUACCAACUGCCCGCUGUUGGGUGUACCUGCACGGACAGACAUACACUCUGUCCCGAAGGCCGACUCUAUGGUCACGUUUUCUCGUCCCUCUCCGGGCGUUGAUUGGCCGAGAGGACGGUUCUCGCGAGAUCCGCGCGCGAGCGGCCUGGCGGAGGCGGUGGAGGGGCCCGCGUUCGUGCGUCGGAGCCGGCACCGCGGCGCGCUCGUAAGAGUCCAGGAUGAGUUAUGCAGAAAAACCUGAUGAAAUCACGAAAGAUGAAUGGAUGGAAAAACUUAAUAACUUGCAUAUCCAGAGAGCAGACAUGAACCGCCUUAUCAUGAACUACCUUGUUACAGAGGGCUUUAAAGAAGCAGCAGAGAAAUUUCGUAUGGAGUCUGGAAUUGAACCCAGUGUUGAUUUAGAGACUCUCGAUGAAAGAAUAAAAAUUCGAGAAAUGAUAUUGAAAGGACAGAUUCAAGAAGCCAUUGCGUUAAUAAACAGCCUCCAUCCAGAAUUGUUAGAUACAAACAGAUAUCUUUACUUUCAUUUGCAGCAGCAGCAUUUGAUUGAACUGAUUCGGCAGCGUGAGACAGAAGCAGCUCUGGAAUUUGCUCAGACCCAAUUAGCAGAACAAGGCGAGGAGAGCAGGGAAUGCCUGACAGAAAUGGAGCGUACGCUGGCUUUGCUUGCCUUUGAUAAUCCUGAAGAAUCACCAUUUGGAGACUUGCUUAACAUGAUGCAGCGACAGAAGGUAUGGAGUGAGGUUAAUCAAGCUGUUCUAGACUAUGAAAAUCGUGAAUCAACACCCAAGUUGGCGAAAUUACUGAAACUACUACUAUGGGCUCAGAAUGAGCUGGACCAGAAGAAAGUGAAAUAUCCCAAAAUGACAGACCUCAGCAAGGGGACGAUUGAAGAACCCAAGUAAAAUGUGUGCAGAUGGACAUCAAACAAUCUUACUACUGCACAGUAUACAUUUAUAUCAGUCUGUGACUGAAAUAUUUUUACUACAGUACAGCACUCAAUUCAGAUUUUUCAAUGAACAUCUAAUUUGAAGGGAGAAAAGUCCCUCUUAAAUGCUGCAAAAACUGCAUUGAAAGGCGCUGUAUCUCUUUGAAAGUCUGACUUAGGCUAUGCACUAUAAUACAUUUUUAAAAAACAAUUAAACAGGACAGGAAAAAUAGCAUUUUUAAAAGUACAGAACUCAAGCUUUCUAAUUGGCUACUGAUGCCUAGUUUAGUGGCCAGUGAGUUAAUAUGGAGUUAUAUUGGCAACUAUUCAGUUAAGUUUAACUGUCUCCUGUUUGAAAUGUGUAUAUAGAACAGUGAAUAUUUUCUACCUUUAAGUUAUAGCCAGAUAUACAUUCCCCUUAAAAGUAACUCGUCAAGUUUUCAUCUAUAAACUUUACAGUAAGGUCAACCUUUUGCUUAGGAAAUAGUGUACAAACUUGUAAAUCAUAAUUUAAGGACUUUUUUUUUUUUUUCCUGGUUUCUGACUUUUUGGUGCUUUAUAUGGUGAGAGCUAUGUUCAUAAUGGAUCAGUGACCCAUCUUUUCAGGAGGAGUAUUUUUGGAAAUAAGGGUUUUUUCUUAAUUUUCAUGGAUGACCAAAAUGGCCCCCAGAGGCAUUUGAGGGUUUUUGUUAACAGGGGCCUUUCCCCCCCUAUAUUAAAUUUGCAGCUGUAGCACUGCAGUGAUUCUACUAAAGCUUGGAAGGCCACUGGAUGUUUUUAAGCUGAAAGACAUGCUUGUGUUGGGAAAUUAACUGUGGGGGAGAAAUGCUCAUUGAAGCCUCUGAUGCAUCAUCUUGUGCAGGAUCUGCCUUUAUGCUUGCUGAAUAAGAAUUGUAGUUUUAGAGCUCCUUGGGCUGUUUUAAUGCCUUGAGCUGAGCACGGCAGGGCUGUCUAAAACCAGAAAUUUCCAUUUUUUCAAUUCUUCCAUACCUUUCUGAAGAGAUGCAGUUCAUCUUCACUUGUAUUUGUUUACUGACUGUCCUCACUCCAGUUAGGAUUAUAGUUUUAAUGUUUUACAUGUGAAGUCCAGACUUUCAAGUCAACAAAUUGUAAUCUUCUGGGUAUGGGAUGUUCUGGUCGACUCAGUUUUGCAGCACUGUACACUGGUAUAUAUCCAGUGGUAGUAAGCACUAAUCUUGCCAAAUCGAUCUCUAGAUUUUUAGGUCCGUAUAUCAAGUUAUUACUGAUAUAUCAAGUUAUUUGCUGAACAAAGACCGAGCUGAUGGGUGAAAUAGCUUAACAUCAUGAGACACUGGCAGUUGUCACACCAGUCCCAUACUGUACAUAAUCUAGUCUUGUAUGGUAGAUAUUACCCUGUAGAAUGAAACUUAGUUUUCACUUAAUUUUACUGGAAUACUUACGCAUUAAACUGUAUAAAGCUUUGCAGAUACACCUGACUUACGGAAACUAACAAAACCUGUUACUGAUUGCAUUACUGUGAACACUGUUUACUUGUGUAGCUAUUUUUUGUGGGGGGAAACCAUUGUUAAGCAGCUAUUAGAGAUGCAGAGCGCCAAGGUUAAGCUAGAUGAUGGAUAUUACAAAAUGAUUUGUUCCCAUUUAUUAUUGAUUGUUCUGUUCUCCACUUUGAGGCAUUUGUGGUACGGAGGUCUUAAAGUUUAUACAUAACAAACAAGCUAUUAGUAGCCCCCCAACUACAACAGGGCUCUGUCUUUCCUUCGCCCAGGCUGGUUAUUCUAACACCAAACUUUUAACAGUUGUGGGUUAGGUUUUUUUAAUUUUUUUUUUCUUUUUCCAGUCGGUUGAUGUCUGAAAACCAUGUAUAACUUUUAGUUUGUGAGAAACUGUAUGGUUAAUGUAACUUGGUUUAAUAACAAACUGCAGAAACAAAACUGGAAUAGCUCUAAUUUCUUCAUAUAUGACUGAUCAGCUUUUCCUCUGUUCUGACACUUGUGUUGUUAAAUCUCAUCUAAAGCUUCUCCCAGAUGAAGUGGAAAGUGUUGCGUUUUUGUGGCAUGACUAGCAUUUUUCUCCAUGAGAAAUGCAGUAUUACAGUCCUGGUUGAGAAGUUCACUGUACUUCUAGAAUGCUACAUUAAUUUCAUAUAGUAUUUGGGCAAAGAUUGAGCAUAGAUUACUUGAAUUUUCACUAGCUUGUUUGUUGUUUUUUUUCCAUUAAAAAUAAACAAGUUUUUUAAAGGGUUUAAUAUAAAAUUAGUAUAGAACUAUUUCACUUUGUUUUUAUGAACAUGCCACAUUGAUAAGCAGCUUUAAUCUGUAAAGUUUUUGGUAACUGCAAGAAAAUAUUCGAAAGCUAUGCAUUUUAGAGAAAGCGUAAAGGUAGUGAUAAUGGUACUUCUAAGGAUCUUUAUAUUAGUGUAUAUAAAAUAGUUUGCAUAUACAAAUAUAAUAUAUAAUCUGUUUGAAAUAUUCUUGAAUGGUAGGGGCUGUGAAACAUAUUAUAAUUUAUGGAAAUAUUGUACACAGUAAACAGACCUCUCAGUACACGAAUGAACUUUUGUCAUAUGCAUGAGAAAUGUCUUAUUUGGUGACUACUAAUGAAUGGGAUUUUGUUAACCCAUUUUUGUUAGAUAACCACUUUAACAGAUAUUAUUAAAUGCCACUUUGAUCAGUUUGCUUUAGUGUAAAAAUACAUAUUUUGUUCCACUUAAUUUAGAACAAUAUGAAAAUAACUUUUGUAAGAAGAUUUGUUCCAAACUCAACAGUGGCAAACAAAUCUGGUAAUUAAACGUCGUACACUACACUCAUUCCUCCCCCAACCUCUCCUUUGUUGAAAGCAAAUAAGAUUUUUUUUUUUUGUGAAUGCUAUGGGCAUGAAGAAAUUGGGUUGUAAAAUAACCUGUCUCGUCUGCCUCUGCAGAAAGGCUGUAUAUCAAGUGUGGUUUUGAUGAGGCUACAAACCUCUCUCUUUUUCCAAAACCUAUCACCUCCCUAAUAAUUGUUGUCUUCGCUGUUGCCAUGUUUCUUUUCUGCCUGUCAAAUCUAAGCUAAGCUGUGGUUGCUUCUGUUGUACAAUGGAGUUGUUUGUGAAGGGUGGGGGGCGGCAGGUUUCCAUGAAGAUGAAGUACUGGUGGUACUUCCUGAGAAAUACUUACUGACCCGUUUAAUUUUAUAUAGCUAGAAAAAGAGAGGCCACUGCACAGAAACUAACAGAAUUUUAAGUAAAGCAUUUCCUCUCAAGACUUUUGAAGAGGCAAAUAUAUACAGCUUGAAAUCAGGUGAAGUACCUCUCUCUAAGAUGAUUUCAUUGAAACGCUUUCAGCUCCUUCCACCCGCAUUAGAAGAAAAAUUGAAAUUAAAGUGGAGUGAAUGCUACAUGCUUAUGUAGCAUUGAAGGUGUGUGAAAUUACCUGGAAAGAAUUCUGUCUCCUUUCCACUCCUUGUACAUAUAGGGGAAGCCAUUACAUUAUUCUAGGAUGAUUUUAUUGUUUUUAAUUUGUAAAAUUUAUGCUUUGUAUGCUUGAGUAUAAGCUUAAAAGCAUUACUUAAAAAAAAAAAUAUCCUUGACUAGUAGAUGAGUGUUGCUCAACUUAUUUCAAACCACUUUCUGUCCAAGUUUGUUACGAAGCUUAUUAAAUUGAGUUGGAGCGUGA